UGCUGCUCACGUGACCCGGCGCCGGCCGGAAGCGAGGCUCUCGGGCAAGAUGGCGGCCGCCGUGGGAUGGCUGCGGCGCGGCGCGUGGGGCCCGGCCCGGCGGUGCGGGCUGGCGGCCGCCCGGAGCUACAGCGGCGGCGGAUCCUACCCCAGCGUGUCGCUGACGUGCCCGCUGCCCGGCGUGCCCAAAGCCGUGUUCGCGGCGGCCGAGGGCCGGGAGCGCUUCGAGACGCGGGUGACGGUGCUGGAGAACGGGCUGCGCGUCGCCUCCCAGAACAAGUUCGGGCAGUUCUGCACCGUGGGCCUCCUCGUCAACUCCGGAUCGCGGCACGAAGCGAAGUACCUGAGCGGCAUCGCGCACUUCCUGGAGAAGCUGGCGUUCUCCUCCACAGCACAGUUUAGCAGCAAAGAUGAAAUUCUCCUCACCUUAGAAAAGCACGGAGGCAUCUGUGACUGCCAGGCUUCAAGGGACACCAUCAUGUACGCUGUUUCUGCUGAUGCCAAAGGCCUGGACACGGUGGUCAACUUGCUGGCUGACGUAGCGCUGCGGCCCAGGUUAUCAGAUGAAGAAAUUGAGAUGACUCGAAUGGCUGUACGGUUUGAGCUCGAGGACUUGAAUAUGAGACCUGACCCAGAGCCUCUCCUCACAGAAAUGAUCCAUGCGGCAGCCUACAGGGAAAAUACAGUUGGACUGAAGAGGUUCUGCCCAGUGGAAAACACUGACAAAAUUGAUCAGAAAGUCUUGCACUCGUACCUGCGCAAUUACUACACGCCGGACAGGAUGGUGCUGGCGGGGGUGGGAAUCGAGCACGAGCAGUUAGUGGCGUGUGCCAAGAAGUACCUGCUUGGAGUGGAGCCGGUGUGGGGUAGCGCGCAGAGCCAGGACGUGGACAGAUCUGUGGCUCAGUACACGGGCGGCAUUGUCAAGGUUGAAAAAGACAUGUCAGAUGUGAGCCUGGGCCCUACCCCAAUCCCAGAGCUCACCCACAUUAUGAUUGGGUUAGAAAGCUGCUCAUUUUUAGAGGACGACUUCAUUCCCUUUGCAGUAUUAAAUAUGAUGAUGGGAGGCGGUGGCUCUUUUUCAGCUGGAGGGCCUGGCAAGGGCAUGUUCACCCGACUGUAUCUCAAUGUGCUCAACAGGCACCACUGGAUGUAUAAUGCAACUUCUUACCACCACAGUUACGAGGACACAGGUCUCCUGUGUAUACAUGCCAGUGCAGAUCCCAAACAGGUGCGAGAGAUGGUGGAAAUCAUCACAAGAGAAUUCAUUCUAAUGGCAGGAGCAAUAGGAGAGGUAGAACUUGAGCGGGCGAAAACGCAACUGAAAUCUAUGCUCAUGAUGAACCUUGAGUCUAGACCAGUUAUCUUUGAAGAUGUGGGAAGGCAAGUGUUGGCAACAAACACAAGGAAACUACCUCACGAGCUCUGUGCACUCAUCAGUAAGGUGAAAUCCUCUGACAUCAAGAGAGUGGUCACUAAGAUGCUCCAUAAAAAGCCAGCUGUGGCUGCACUGGGUGACUUGACAGAUCUGCCCACUUAUGAACACAUCCAAGAGGCACUUUCCAGUAAGGAUGGUCGGCUUCCUCGGAUGUACCGGCUCUUUCGAUAAAGCAGCUCUUCCUGAAUCUGCCUGAGAGACUUGCUGCUUCUUUCUUCUUUUUUUUGUGCGUUUAUAAUACUGCUACAACUCCACUCCCUCCCAGAUGUUUCCAGGCACACUGUGCAAACACGGAGCGAUAUUACAGCUGAGCAAAGCUGCUUCAGAACACUGGGCUACGAAGAGCUCAUGGUGUUGGAUUUACAGGUCCAUUGUGGCUCGGGAUGAGUACUCUGACCCUCAAGAGAAGAUGGGUGUAUACAGCCUUCUCUUGGUACUGGGGGGAGCACAGCAACCCCCGAUAUUUAUCACUGCAACUGAAAGUGUGUACCUGAGGAGGCACUGCUGUGUAUUAUCACUAAGUCAUAUUGUAGGAGCAGCCUUUUCAGCAGCAGCAGUGUGCCUUGAGGAAUGGAGUGACCUGCCUUCCCUGGCAGGCACAGCACCCUUGCAGGGCAGACAGGUGGCAGCAGGCCAGAUGGGAUUAAAUAACAGAAGGCUUCAGGCCAAUAAUUAGGGCUGUGUUCCUCUAAUUAAUAGCUUUCCCUCAGAAGGGUGCUCACCACACUUGUUGGUAAAGAAUUUGCUUUAGAUUACAGUUCAGUUUGACAAGCUGUUGUACUCCAGUGAGACACACUGUGAGGCAUCAGACUUGUGUGGGUAUAGGAAGGCUGCUGAAAAUGCUGCUGAAGAGCUUGGCUUACAUAUCUGAAUUCAGAGAAUAUUACAGCUGUUACCAGGGUGAACAAGUAUUUGGUCAAAAUGACUUGGGAAAAUAUUGGUUAUUAUCCAUAUGAAAAUAGGCAGCAAGCGUCCUGCAAUGCAGGUUCUGUUCCAAGCAUCAUGGAUUAUUUCACUGCUGUCAUUUACCAUCUGUAACACUCUUAGAAAUCAUAUGUCUAGGUGUAACUUAAUAAUUAUGCUAGAACCCAAGGGAAAGUAGAUUUUCACUUAAAAGUGAAUUAUGCUAAAGAAUAAAAGUUGUUUUUUACUCCUAAAUCCGUAUUGAAAGGAGCUGCUGCUGCACCUGAAACUUGUACCCUACCUUUCUUCAAAGUGUCAGUCAGAUUAACUUAAGGCCUGGCAAAAAAGAAGGCAGAGCUGUCAGUCCUACACUGGAGUGGAGCUCAGCUAGCAGUUAAGCUCAAUGAAAUGCCAACGUUUAGAAAGCUCAUGAUAUUGAAAGUGAUGGCUUGGGACUGCCAUCGUGCUCCAGAAAGAGAAAAAAAUGGCAAACAUUCAACAUGCUGAAGAAACGGGGACCCAGGAGAGAGAAAGCACCUUGAUUUGAAUAAUCCCUUGCUCUGUGGGCUUAAAAAUGGAGACAGCUGCAUCGCAGCAUGUCACUGGCUCGUUGUGUAUCGUAAGGAACGACCAAACUGGGAGCAGAAUACCACGAGGCAGCUGUGAUCUGCUUCAUCACCAUACCUUACAGAACUGGAACAAAACAUGUUACGUUGCUCCUCACAGAACUCACGGUGUGGAAGUCUUAUUCAAUUGCUGUGCAUGUUUUUAAAGAGAAUAAAGAAACCUCUAAAUGACUGAA